AAUUCUGAAUAUUCUCCAAAUAAUAAUUAAAAAAAAAAUUUGGACCUUAAUUUUUUUUUCUUUUUUCAGUGGCCCUAAUCCUCCUCCGUAGUUUACACAUACUCAAAUUAGGUUUUUUUUCAUCUGAAUGAAUGGGAAAAAAAGUGUUCACAUCCAGUCUGUUUAAGGGAGAGGAGAGGUCUAGUGUCCUUCCACAGCUUCCUACAUGCUUCCGGAUUCGCGAACCUGCUGUCUGCCGUUUCCGCCGCCAUUGCGGAUUUAGGACAAUAUCAGCCGUAGCCACUGCCAACCAUCGAUGCAGUGCAGAGAAGAACCGCAGAGGUGGGACGUACAAGACACAUUCACUGAAUCCGGACUUUGAAAAACGACUAACGACACGUUAUAUUACCCUUAACGUUUUCUUUAAUUCACUGACUGGCUUCGACCUACACGGCCAGCGAGGAGGUCGUAGCUAGCUACUGCCUAGCUCGCUAGCUUAACGGCUAGACUUUUAGGACUCUGGAGAAGGUAAAAGAAACAGACAUGGCUCAGAUUCUACCCAUUCGCUUCCAGGAGCACCUACAGCUCCAGAACCUGGGAAUUAACCCAGCCAACAUUGGAUUCAGUACUCUAACCAUGGAGUCUGACAAGUUCAUCUGUAUAAGGGAGAAAGUGGGUGAGCAGGCCCAGGUUGUCAUUAUUGAUAUGGCAGACCCCAACAAUCCCAUACGCAGGCCCAUCUCUGCAGACAGCGCCAUCAUGAAUCCUGCUAGCAAAGUAAUCGCCCUCAAAGCGGCAAAGACCCUGCAGAUCUUUAACAUUGAGAUGAAGAGUAAAAUGAAGGCUCAUACGAUGACGGACGAUGUGACCUUCUGGAAAUGGAUCUCCCUCAACACUGUUGCCCUGGUCACUGAUAAUGCAGUCUACCAUUGGAGCAUGGAGGGUGACUCUCAGCCAAUCAAAGUGUUUGACCGUCAUUCCAGCCUGGCAGGCUGCCAGAUCAUCAACUAUCGCACAGAUGCCAAACAGAAGUGGCUGCUGCUCAUUGGCAUUUCAGCACAGCAAAAUCGUGUUGUUGGGGCCAUGCAGCUGUACUCAGUGGACAGGAAGGUUUCUCAGCCCAUUGAGGGGCAUGCUGCAGGCUUCGCACAGUUCAAGAUGGAGGGUAACACUGAAGAGUCAACCCUUUUCUGCUUUGCUGUGCGAGGACAGGCUGGAGGAAAACUGCAUAUCAUUGAAGUGGGGACUCCCCCCACCGGAAACCAGCCAUUUCCAAAGAAAGCUGUUGAUGUUUUCUUUCCACCAGAAGCACAGAAUGACUUUCCUGUUGCCAUGCAGAUCAGUUCCAAGCAAGAUGUAGUCUUUCUCAUCACCAAAUAUGGCUACAUCCACCUGUAUGACCUGGAGACUGGAACUUGUAUCUACAUGAAUAGGAUCAGCGGGGAGACUAUUUUCGUCACCGCCCCCCACGAGCCCACUGCUGGUAUCAUUGGAGUCAAUAGGAAAGGACAGGUUUUGUCGGUGUGUGUGGAGGAGGAAAACAUCAUUCCCUACAUAACUAAUGUCCUCCAGAACCCAGACCUGGCUCUCCGUAUGGCUGUUCGCAACAAUCUAGCUGGUGCUGAGGAGCUGUUUGCCCGGAAGUUCAACACUCUCUUUGCAGCAGGGAAUUACUCAGAAGCAGCCAAGGUGGCAGCCAAUGCACCAAAGGGUAUCCUGCGGACCCCAGACACCAUUCGCCGCUUCCAGAGUGUUCCAGCCCAACCAGGCCAGACUUCUCCUUUGCUCCAAUACUUUGGUAUCUUGCUGGACCAAGGCCAACUUAAUAAGUUUGAGUCUCUGGAAUUGUGCAGGCCUGUUCUCCAGCAAGGACGCAAGCAGCUACUAGAGAAAUGGUUGAAAGAGGACAAGCUGGAGUGCUCAGAGGAGCUUGGAGACUUGGUGAAGUCCGUAGAUCCUACUCUUGCCCUCAGUGUCUACCUUAGAGCCAACGUUCCUAAUAAAGUUAUUCAGUGCUUUGCAGAAACUGGACAGUUCCAAAAGAUUGUGCUGUAUGCCAAAAAGGUGGGCUACACUCCAGACUGGAUCUUUUUGCUAAGGAAUGUUAUGCGAAUCAGUCCAGAACAGGGCCUGCAGUUUUCCCAGAUGUUGGUUCAAGAUGAAGAACCCCUUGCUGAUAUUACACAGAUAGUCGAUGUGUUUAUGGAGUACAACCUGAUCCAGCAGUGUACGUCGUUCUUACUUGAUGCCUUGAAGAACAACAGGCCUAUGGAAGGACAAUUGCAGACACGACUGCUGGAAAUGAAUCUUGUCCACGCACCACAGGUUGCAGAUGCUAUCCUAGGAAAUCAAAUGUUUACCCACUACGAUCGUGCUCAUGUUGCACAGCUGUGUGAAAAGGCUGGUCUCCUGCAGAGGGCACUGGAGCAUUAUACCGACCUGUACGACAUAAAACGGGCUGUGGUGCACACACACCUUCUUAACCCUGAGUGGUUGGUUAAUUUCUUUGGCUCCUUAUCAGUGGAGGACUCUUUAGAGUGUCUGAGGGCAAUGCUGUCGGCAAACAUCCGACAAAACCUUCAGAUCUGUGUCCAGGUCGCCUCUAAGUAUCAUGAGCAGCUCUCUACUCAGUCCCUCACGGAACUUUUUGAGUCCUUCAAGAGCUUUGAAGGCUUGUUCUACUUCCUGGGGUCCAUUGUGAACUUCAGCCAAGAUCCAGAGGUCCACUUCAAAUAUAUACAGGCUGCCUGCAAGACAGGUCAGAUCAAAGAAGUGGAAAGAAUAUGCAGAGAGAGUAACUGCUACGACCCUGAACGUGUGAAGAACUUUCUCAAGGAAGCCAAGCUCACUGACCAACUGCCUUUGAUCAUUGUGUGUGACCGCUUUGAUUUUGUCCAUGAUCUGGUUCUUUACCUUUAUCGCAACAGCCUCCAAAAAUACAUCGAAAUCUACGUCCAGAAGGUGAAUCCAAGCCGUCUGCCUGUAGUCAUUGGAGGGUUACUGGACGUCGAUUGUGCAGAAGAUGUGAUUAAGAAUCUGAUCCUGGUGGUUAGAGGGCAGUUUUCGACAGAUGAACUUGUGGCUGAAGUGGAGAAAAGAAAUCGACUGAAGCUGCUGCUGCCUUGGUUGGAGGCUCGUAUUCAUGAAGGGUGUGAGGAGCCUGCUACCCACAAUGCUCUGGCCAAGAUCUACAUUGACAGUAACAACAACCCUGAGCGCUUCCUGAGGGAGAACCCUUUCUAUGACAGCCGCGUGGUUGGCAAGUACUGUGAGAAGCGAGACCCUCACCUUGCCUGUGUGGCUUAUGAAAGAGGACAGUGUGACCAGGAGCUGAUCCACGUAUGCAAUGAGAACUCGCUGUUCAAGAGUCUCUCCCGCUACCUUGUGCGUCGCAAGGACACUGAGCUGUGGGCAAGCGUGCUGCUGGAAACCAACAAUUACAGAAGGCCUCUAAUUGACCAGGUUGUUCAGACAGCACUGUCUGAGACCCAGGAUCCAGAGGAAGUCUCUGUCACAGUCAAGGCUUUCAUGACUGCUGACCUCCCUAAUGAGCUCAUUGAGCUUCUGGAGAAGAUUGUCCUGGAUAAUUCUGUUUUUAGUGAGCACAGAAACCUCCAGAAUCUGCUCAUCCUAACAGCAAUUAAAGCUGAUCGAACACGUGUUAUGGAGUACAUCAACCGCUUAGACAACUACGAUGCCCCAGAUAUUGCAAACAUUGCCAUCAGCAAUGAACUUUUUGAAGAGGCAUUUGCCAUUUUUCGAAAAUUUGAUGUUAACACCUCUGCUGUACAGGUUCUGAUCGAGCACAUUGGUAACCUAGACAGAGCUUAUGAGUUUGCUGAGCGCUGCAAUGAGCCACCAGUGUGGAGUCAGCUGGCAAAGGCCCAGCUCCAGAAGGGCAUGGUCAAGGAAGCCAUUGACUCUUAUAUCAAGGCCGAUGACCCUUCUGCUUACAUGGAGGUGGGACAAGCCGCUGCCCAAGGCGGAAACUGGGAGGACCUGGUGAAGUUUCUGCAGAUGGCCCGUAAGAAGGCCCGCGAGUCUUAUGUUGAAACAGAGUUGAUCUUUGCCCUUGCCAAGACUAACCGCUUGGCUGAACUGGAAGAGUUCAUCAAUGGACCCAAUAAUGCUCACAUUCAGCAAGUGGGCGAUCGUUGCUAUGAUGAUAAGAUGUACGAUGCGGCGAAACUGCUUUACAACAAUGUGUCGAACUUUGGCCGUCUGGCCUCCACUCUUGUGCACUUGGGAGAAUACCAGGCAGCUGUGGAUGGAGCUCGCAAGGCCAACAGCACCCGCACCUGGAAAGAGGUGUGUUUUGCUUGUGUGGAUGGGACAGAGUUUCGCCUUGCCCAAAUGUGUGGCCUUCAUAUUGUCGUCCAUGCAGAUGAGCUGGAGGAACUCAUCAACUACUACCAGGACCGUGGUUACUUUGAAGAGCUGAUUACCAUGUUGGAAGCUGCCCUAGGUCUGGAACGUGCUCACAUGGGUAUGUUUACUGAGCUGGCCAUCCUCUAUUCAAAAUUCAAACCCCAGAAGAUGAGGGAGCACCUGGAGCUCUUCUGGUCCCGCGUCAACAUCCCAAAGGUUCUUAGGGCAGCAGAGCAGGCCCACCUCUGGGCAGAGCUUGUGUUUCUCUACGACAAAUAUGAGGAAUAUGACAACGCCAUCAUCACCAUGAUGAACCACCCAUCUGAUGCCUGGAAAGAGGGCCAGUUCAAAGACAUUGUCACCAAGGUGGCCAAUGUUGAGUUGUACUACAAGGCAGUCCAAUUUUAUCUAGAGUUCAAACCAAUGUUACUGAACGACCUGCUCAUUGUCCUUUCUCCAAGACUGGACCACACACGUGCUGUUAACUUCUUCAGUAAGGUGAAACAGCUGCCACUGGUUAAGCCCUACUUAAGGUCUGUCCAAACUCACAACAACAAAUCUGUGAAUGAGGCACUCAACAUCCUCUUCAUCAAUGAGGAAGAUUACGCGGCACUGCGCACUUCCAUCGACGCCUAUGACAAUUUUGACAACAUCUCAUUGGCCCAGGGCCUGGAGAAGCACGAAUUAAUUGAGUUUAGGAGGAUUGCAGCCUAUCUAUUCAAGGGCAACAACCGCUGGAAACAAAGUGUUGAGCUUUGCAAGAAGGACAAGCUUUACAAGGAUGCCAUGCAGUAUGCAUCAGAGUCUAAAGACAUUGAGCUGGCAGAGGAGCUCCUGGCUUGGUUUCUGACGGAAGACAAGAGGGAAUGUUUUGCAGCCUGCCUUUUUACCUGCUACGACUUACUGCGGCCUGAUGUGGUGCUGGAGACCGCUUGGCGACACAACAUUAUGGACUUCUCCAUGCCAUACUUCAUCCAGGUCAUGAGGGAGUACCUCUCUAAGGAAUGGUCCCAUCCGUCAGCCAGUGAAAUAACCCAGAGGUCGACAAACUGGAGGCCUCCGAGUCCCUGAGGAAACAGGAGGAGCAAGCUACUGAGUCCCAACCCAUUGUUUACGGGACACCACAACUCAUGCUCACAUCAGGGUCCAACAUGGCAGUGCCUCCUCAGCAGGCUUAUGGUUACGGCUAUACAGCACCAAGCUAUGCUCAGCCACAGCAGCCCGGCUUCGGUUACGGCAUGUGAACACCCAACAACCCAGAUUGCCACCCCUGACCAAACCUUCACUAGACAGCUUUCUUUUGGCCAUUGGUCUUUCUCUCUUUGUGUUCCUCACCAUGUUCCCAUGGUAUUCUACUCACAACAGGGGCCACAAGCAAGCAACAGCCCACACUGGUUUUGAGUAUUUUUUAUUUUGUUGUAUUUUACAAGAGAAAAUUUAACUGCAUUGAAGGACUUUUAUUUGCAUUGUUUGAAAAAAAAUGACAUUACAUUCCAUGUUUCUGACCUGUUGAGAUUUGUUUUUGUCUGUCUUUUUUUAAAGUUGGUUUAUGAUCUGUGCAGAAGUGGACUCGCUCGAGCUCAGCAAUGAACCUUUGAAGUAGGUGGAGGAGAACUGGAUUUUGCACUUGUUGAGAAACUAUUGUAGAGAAGCUCUUAUUUCAAUGUACUGAAUAUGUGAACAGCUUUCAUUGUCUCAUUUGUCUGUAUAAUGCAUUUCAUCCUUGUAUAUUCUGAGUAAAAGAUAGCAUUGCGUAUAUUUCAGCGUAUAUCGCCAUUUUAAUGGCAAUAGCAAGCAACACUAAGUCAUGAUAGUAUAAUCUGCACAGGUGUGUAGCUUUAUGGAGUUUAAAAUGCAAACAGAUGUAUGUUGUGUGAAUGAGGGUGUGUUUGUGUGGGUAUGAAUUGAUGAUCUAAAUAAGAGUUUUACUCCAUCUAAGCCUGCACUGGGCCACCCCAAUCCUCCCUACUAGGUGUUAGCUCUCCUUCAUCAGAUCCAUGUAUUUAGGUGACCUCUUGUGCUGUGUACAGUGUUUGUGUGAGACUGUGUAUGUGUACGUGCAAGGACAGGACCACGGCUACCACACCUAAGGGCCCUUAACUCUUUAACUGUAUCGUAUGUGUGUGUAUUUACUCUGAGGCCUGUGUAUGCCAGGUGUUGUGUUUCCUUUGGUCACCAUUACCUUUUUGCGUGUACAGAUGUGAACAAGACAAAGUUAAAACUUUUAGAUUGAGACCCCCACCUCUGUCCUGUUUCCUCCCUUGUUAAGCAUCACAAGCGUAUCAAGGAGGCAGAAGAAUACAGGCUGGUGGAACCCUUGGUGUUCUAAUGAAGGCUUAAUUAGAUCCAUAAGCACUCCUAUAUGUUGUAUGUUUAGAUGGUUAAGAUGAAUAAAUUAUGUCUCAGUACACAUAGUUCUUUGUCAAGAAUGGUCUGAAAUAAGAGACUGUAUCUACCUUGAUGUACUUAACUUCCUUACAUGCUUUAAGCUGUGUGUAAAGUGUCAUCCUAUCCCUAGUCUAAGUUGAAUUCCUUUUUUGUCAUGCAUAUUAGUGAUAAUGGGGACCUGUCAUUAAUAAGUGGAAAGAUAUGAAUUGACUGAAAGGAAAAUACUAGACUGAAUAAAAAAUAAAAACUGUU